UUACGACUUUUACGUUAUCGUAAAUUAAUUAUAACUUCUGCACUUGGCUAUUCUGGAUAUAAUAUAUAUAAUAAUCACACAUUUUUACCAUCUUUUAAAUAUUUCAAAGAUAUUAGAGAUUUUUUUGAUUCUGAUUAUGACCAAAUAAUAAAGAGAAUCCAUGAUCAAGAAAAAGUUUUAAAAGCAAAUUUCAAUAAAACUUUACAAAACUUUUAUAAAAAAUAUGAUGAAUAUUUGAAUACUACUUUCGAACCUAUUUCAUAUGAUGGAGAUAUAUAUGAAGAUUAUUCAUCUCUCAAAAUGUCUCUCCUUCCUUUCAGUCUAUACAAUACAUUUGGUAAUGAUAAGACUUUAGAAAUGGAUAAAAAUGAAAUAGUUGAUAUUCAAAUGAAAUAUCAAAGAGAAAUUGAAAAGCUAGAAGAAGAAAAUAGGGAAUUACGCAAACGACUUUUGAUUUGCAAUAAAGGCCAUAAAAAAAAUAAGGAUAAUAAUAUUAAAUUACCUUUGAUUGAUUUAUAUUCUGAAAUACUUGAUGAUUUAAAUGAUUGCCAACAAUCAGAAAAUCACAUGCCAAAAAUAGUUGUUGUGGGCGAUCAAAGCUCAGGUAAAACGAGCGUCCUUGAAAUGAUAGCUCAAUCGCGCAUAUUUCCUAGAGGGUCUGGCGAAAUGAUGACGCGUUCUCCAGUCAAGGUUACCUUGAGUGAAAGUCCUUACCAUGUAGCUCAAUUUAAAGAUAGCGAAAAAGAAUUCGAUUUGGGUAAAGAGAAGGAUCUAAUAGCAUUGCGGAAAGAAAUCGAACUAAGAAUGAAAAAAGGCAUUAAAAAUGGUAAAACCAUAUCGAAUGACAUUGUAUCCCUUACUGUUAAAGGACCUGGCUUGCCAAGAAUGAUACUUAUUGACCUACCAGGUAUCAUAUCCACGGUUACGAAUGACAUGUCUCCAGAUACAAAAGACAAUAUUACACAACUAGUCAAAUCCUACAUGGUCAACCCAAAUUCUAUUAUAAUGUGCAUUCAAGAUGGAUCUAUUGAUGCCGAAAGAAGUAAUGUUACGGAUUUAGUUAGUUGCAUAGAUCCUAAUGGAGAAAGGACCAUUUUUGUUUUGACAAAAAUUGACAUGGCCGAAAAAAAUUCGUUUAACCCCGACAGAUUAAAGAAGAUUUUAGAGGGAAAACUGUUUCCAAUGAAGGCUUUAGGAUAUUUUGCAGUUAUAACUGGUUCCGGCAAGGUUAACGAGAGCAUAGAAGAGAUUAAAAAAUACGAAGAAGAAUAUUUCCUAAAUUCUAAAUUGUUUAAAGCUGGAGCUUUUAAGCCAAAUCAAAUGACGACCGCGAAUAUGAGUAUAGCCGUGUCUAAUUGCUUUUGGAAUAUGGUUAAGGAGACUAUAGAGCAGCAAUCGGACGAGUUUAGGGCAAUGAGAUUUAAUUUAGAAACUGAAUGGAAAAAUUCGUUUCCCAAAUCUAGAGAAUUAGAUCGUGAAGAACUUUUUGAAAAAGCAAGAAAUACCAUAUUAGACGAAAUAUCACGCGUGAACGGGAUCACACCCAAACAAUGGGAGGAUUUUAUAAUGCAUUCUUUGUGGAAGGAUGUAAAAGAUGACGUUAUCCAAAAUAUCUACUUACCAAUUUUCAUCUCUUCAAAAAUUAGAGAUAUACAGAUUGUAAAUACUUCAAUUGAUAUUAUGCUAAAAAAAUGGGCCGAUACGAUUUUACCCCAUAAAAGUGCUGACUGUGCCUGGAAGAGUCUUGUAUUGUUCGUUCAAAAUUUUCUGGAUAAAGAUAACCUAAAUCACGAUGAAUAUUUAUUCAAGGAUUUAAAAAAGUCAGUGUUAAAUAAUGCAAUAAAUAUACAUGAAUGGGACAAAAAAUCCUUUGAUAUGCUACGUCUCUUACAAAUUAAUGCCUUGGAGGAUAUAUUAAUUGAUAAUAAAUCACAAUGGGAUACCGGUGUUAAAUUUAUGGAAUCCGCUAUUCAAGAAACAAUUGAUGACAUUAAAAUAAAAUUAAAAGAUUAUCAAGGCAAAACAUGGUUUGAAAAAUGGGUAAAUUGGAGUAAUAACAAUACAACUAAAUAUUCACGAUAUUUUACAAUCAUUCAAGAAGAAGUUGACCAGAUAUUGAAGUCUAGUGUUACUAAUAAAGCUAAACUUAAUGAAGAUAUGAUGCUUGAUAAGGUUAAAUACAAUCUUUCAAAUCGUGGUAUCGAUUUUGGCGAUGAUAAAAACAUCGAUGAAAAAUACAUUUCAACAGUUGCCAAUUAUUUAUUUAAAAAACAUUUCUUACAAGAGUCAUUACAAAAUGCGAAGGAAUGCAAAAAAGCGUUUUAUUAUUAUCAACAGCAAAGCCUUAGCAAGAAUAUAGAUAAUAAUAAAUUAACAGUUUUUCAUUGUGACGAUGUCGUUUUAUUUUGGCGUAUCUAUAAAAUGCUGCAAUCAACAACUCAUUUUUUAAGACAACAAAUAACAAAUACCGAGGCUAAAAGAUUUAUUAAAGAAAUUAAAGAUGUUUUAGUAGAGUACGGUGAAAAUAAAGAGCAAUUGGAAAGUUUGUUUGUUGGAAGGCAAGUUACAUUAGCAGAAGAACUUAAAAAAAUUCGAUCGAUUCAAGAGAAAAUGGAUAUUUUUAUUCAAACUCUAAAUAAAGAAAAAAAUUAAUUAUAUUGAUCAUAAUUUAUAUAAAAAUAUAAAGUUGUCAACUUCAUUUUAUAAUGCUUAAAAUCGAAAUCACAAUUUUAUAAUCUGUAUAAAAAUUAUGGAUUUAUUUAUUGAAAAUUUUUUAAAAAUCAUUUUUUGAGCAUUAUAUAUUUUGC